GUGGAAGCAUCUGCUAAGAUGUGUGAGACCUACAAGGCGUAUUUCGGCAUGCCUGUCGGGGAUCAAGACAAACCCUGGGCACCUCGUUUCACCUGCGAGCAAUGCAAAAAAACUCUGGAAGACACCGCACCAGGUACUCAUUUGAGGCUGAGUCGACCUAGAGGGAGGCCGAUGACCUCUUGAGAUAAUCGUCACCGCCGUUGGCCGUGAGUGGCAAAUCAAACUCGGGUCGCCCGCCGGGUUCGUCGAGCAGCGCUCUAACCGCUCAACAACCACCACCACAACAACCACCACCACCACAACCACCAGCACCACAACCACACACUCCUCGCGUGCACCGGCCGAAAGGAGCAUGAAGCGACGGCCGUGGCGGGCAGCCGUCCCGCCGGACGAGGAGACGGCGGGUGCCCGUGCGCUUGCGGACGCCACGCGCCGGGGCCAGGUGCGCGCGGCGCGCUUCGUCCUGGACGCCCUGGACGGGCGACCCGUGAACGCGCGCGGUCCCGAGGGCCACACGCCGCUCAUGCUCGCCGCGCUGCUGCCCGACGCCGCGGCCAGCGCCGCUCUGGUCGAGCUGCUGCUGGGGCGAGGAGCCGACCCGACGCUAGAGGACCGCUGGGGCGACAGCGCCCUGGUGCAGGCGGCGGCGGCCGGCAACGCGGAGGUGCUCAGGAGCCUCGCGCGCGCGUUCGCUCGUCGCGGAAUCGACGUUCACCGACCCAACCGCGACGGGCAUUCGGCGCUGCAGGUGGCUCGCUGGCUGGGCCACCACGACUGCGUAGCGGUGCUGUCCGCCUGCGGUGGGUCCACAAAUCACGUGGAGAGCGCGCAUGCCGCAGAGGUCGAUGCACCGCCGCCUCCUGCUGACGGGCGAUGGACAACGGCGCUGCUGUCAGCCGACUCGUCGCAUUUCAAGGUCGCGAGGCCGCCAGGCUGCUACGGGACUCCUUGCCGGGCUCCGUUACCAGACGUCUUGGAGGAGCCACUGUCGACAUCGUUUUUUACGCCGCAGACAUCAUCAUCAUCAUCAUCAGCAGCAGCAGCAACAUCAUCAUCAACAGCAGCAGCAGCAGAUUUUUGCCCCACAACAACAACAGCAGCAUCAUCAUCAUCAGCAGCUGCUCGAUGCGGAAACCCUCGUGCCGUGGCGCGACUCUCAAUCUUGCGCCAGCAGCUGAACUCGAUGGACUCCAUCGAGGAGGAGUUUGACGGCGACGACACGGCGACCGGCUCGUCCGGAGAACCCGCCCCGAAGGCAGCGGAAUCCCAGAGCUGGAGGGACUGCGGACUUCGUGACCUGCACUCGAGCGUGCCCAGGUCCCAGGACAACCGCCGUAGCUUCCUGCCCCCGGUGGCUCUUCCCAGAGACGCCUCGAAGCCGCCGGCCGCGAUGGAGCCACUCGGUGCGAGGUCGCAGAGAGAGGACCACCUCCCCUCCAGGUCUCGCCGCAGCUUGCCCGAGGUGCUUCUCCACGGAGAGCAGGCGUCGUCGCUCAAGGCCAGCAAGAACGUCGGGCAGCUGCGGCUGCAAUUCGGCAACUGCCAGGUGGUGGACGACGGCGUGCGGAGAUUCAACGACAGCUACUACCAGAAGCGGAGCAGCCUGCCCUGCAGUAGCCCGCUGGCGGUGGCCGCACCGGCCGACAAGCUCCUGCCGCUACGCAAGGGGAACAGCCCGGCUACGUUGCUCAACGCGAGGACGUCUCCCUUGCACGCGCUGGGCACUCGGCUGCUCCGUCGCUUCACGGCACCGGAGUUCGCGAGACGAGGCGUCGUGCAGGCGCCGGGGGCUGGCGAGCAAAGGGAGCUGGAAGAGGAGGUCACGCCGGCCACGACCCGCUGCGAGACGUGUCCAGUGUCUCACCACAAGCUGCAGGUCAGCAGCCAGCCCAGCGUGGACAGCAUCAGCGGCGUCAAGUGCGAGUUUGACUUCCAGUCCGUGAAGAACUCGAAAGAACCGUGACUUGGUGAAGGAUCACACUUUGAAACGUCCACUGCUUCGGUUUUGGUGAUCACCUCUUAGUUGUAUGGAUGGCCGCAACAGAGUGUAUUAAACUGUGAAAGUGCUGUUUAGUGUUACGGUGAGAAAUAGCAUGUUACCAUCUGUACAGAGUAAGCCUCGUCUUUUGGUACCCCUAUUAGCGUUACGUCUUCGAAAAGUAGAAUUGUCCAACUACUGUAGAAGUGUCAUACAAUAAACGGUUUUGUAUAAAUUUGCAUAUUAGCUGAGCAUCCCGUGAAUGAUUUCGUAAAUUCAUAUAUUUCUCUCCACGGUAUGUUGGCACGUCUCGAUGUAUUUGUAAAUCCACUGAUGUUGAGGGGCUCCCCACGCCGUGCGAGUCGCUGUGUGGAGAUGAAUGAGCAUACUUCACCACGCCGGUCAGUGUGGGUUCGUCAGGGUGGGGAACGUGGGCGUAGUAGGCGCACAGUACAGCGCAAUUGUUGGGCCACGUAGUCAUGUUAUGCCCAAAACGAUUGUCAUUAUAUUUAGAAUCAGAAUCUCUAUUUAUCCGAGAGGAUUCCAAUGAGAUAUGAAGCUAUUUUUCACACGUGUCUCGUAUUUAACCCUCCAUCACCCGACAACAUUAUCACGUUUAUUCAGAUAUGAGUUUUUAUUGAUACGUGCCAAUGUAUUGAUGACACUCUGACCAAUAAAGCUCCUCAACGGAGGCUUAAGUCUUUCGAUGACUGAAUUUAACAUCAACAUUCGGCAGCAUUCAUCUCACUGCUCUGUGCUUUUUCAGUUCAAUGUUCUGCACUGCCCCCUGCUGGCUUGCACGCAGUCCAGCUCUUGAGACCACAAGGGCCCCACGCGUAUGGCAAUGCGGGCCCGAAUGACAACUGUGCACACGCACAGAGAGACGAGUACUCAGACAAAUAAUGUUGCAUUCAGAGCGAGGUGGGAGGCUUUUCACGACUGAAUAAGAAGAUGUACACGGAGGGUGGAGAAGCAGCGAAGCGUGUAUUUACUGCGGAGCCACGCAGAAUGUGAACGAGAUUGUCCUGUGCUCGUAAUCUCGAGUAACGUGAGAAUGUCAGUAGACCAGACCGAGCACACAAUCACGACGAUCAACACACACUUCGCGCCAAAGGUUCCCGAUUAUUUACCCGAUAAACUACGAACGAUCUGUACUGUUCCUACUCACUCGAGUCUCUAUCUGUGCACGUCCUGACAGCGAGUCACAAUGUGCAUGCCUGCUAGUAGGCGAUGCUGGGCGCGCUCUGCCUGUCCUUCGAGUUUCUCGCAACACAAGCGGAUUGCUUGUGUUGCGAUCGAAACGUCGUAGUUUUUUGUUAUUUUGUUAUUUUCUUUGAACCUAUCUACGUGGCUCUACCGAACGACUCAAAGAGUAUGAAUUCCUGCAGUCACGAAAGCUUUGAGUCAAGAUUUAUGUCGGAUUUACUGCAAUACACCCGGUCCUUGGACGGGCUAUAUGCUAGUUUAUAUUAAUUUCAGAAUUAUUGAUCACGAGGGAACACUUUUUCAUGGGUUUUUUUGGCAAACGGUUAUGCUCAUGUCAGUAGAUUAUGGCAUAAUUGCUCAACAACUUGCAAGCUUUAUUUUAAAGUUCAUCAUUACUAUUUUGAACCACCACUUUUAUUAUAAUUAUAUUCGGAAUGAAGCUACAACAAAGAGCAUAAUGAAAGCACCUUUCGGACUUUAGUGUUAAUUCCCCAGGCUCAGAGCUAAUUUAUCAAGUGGCAUAGCCUGUUAAUGAAACCAAAUUAAGCAAGAUUGAACAGGCAGUGUAAUGCAGUGACAAAAUUUUCGUGUUUAAUCAUCAGUGACUUUAAAAUAUCACGCUGCAUUUGCAACCCGUUAAAAGCAUUGGAUGUCUGUAAAAUCAAGAAAGGAAUGCGCAAAUGAUCUAUUGUGAUUUUUUUUCAAGAUUCUGACAGUACGGUAAUACAUCUAUUGCACUCACUGUUCCUCUCAAUGGGGUGGAGACAGCAACAACCGCAUGACAGUUUUAACAACAAUUACACCAGCAGUCUGUGCCAGAAUGACGCCCUCACUCGACUGUUUCAACUGAUUACAUUUCAAGAGGGUCACACCUCGGAAUGUUUGGCCAAUUUUCUUAAUGAGUGUUUUGGCAUGUGGGAAGAAACUGGAGUUUGCUGGAGAAAGCCCCCUGUUGCCUGUAUAUUUGGAGUUUGCAUGUUCAACAAUUGGUUGCGUAGAUUUUUCCGGGUCCUCCGGUUUUUCCCUCCACAUUUACAAACAUGCAUUGAGAUUAUUUGGAUUGUUGGUGCUAUAAAUGUCCAAAUGAUGGACCACUUGGUUGAGCUAUCAUUUGUGGCCAAAUGGCUUCUUAAAAGUUAACACCUCAGUGGGCUUUGCCUGGUGAUAAUGGGGAUGGUUUAGUUUUAUUUUAAUGUUUGGGUGAAUUGUUGACCUUUCUUGUACUUUGGACUGCUAUCUAUCGUGUUCUGUACUGUUUGUUGGAACGUUCUUACCCGCCCCUACUGGACAUCUGACAAAGCUUUAUAGCUCAUCCGAUUCCUCCAGUAUAAAUACAUUUUCUGAUUCCACGAACUGCUGUACUGCGAUCUCUCCUACCAACCAUCGCAACCCUAAGCCGACAUCAUUUCCAGACUCUUUAUCAAAGAACUAACCAGGCUCAUACCGGUUUCGUUUCGGAGAUCGAAUCUCCCUAUAUUGAGUCACGAGCCUUUAGCCCGUCCAAGGACGGGUGUAUUGCAGUAAAUCUGAAACUUGCAAGCGAAAAGCAGACCGCGACGUGAUAUUCAUUGCAUCCAUUCGUGUGCAAUUUGUAAGGGCGCCGUGACACAGACCUAUUUAAUUUUAAGGUUAUAAUCCCUGGUUCAUCACGUCCUUUUUACUUUGAUGUCUCAACAGCGUUGCGGAGAUCGCGUGACGUGAGGGUUCUGCCUUUGUAGUGAGGGUUCUAAGUUGUAAGUCCAUUCAUACGUGUGAUAAUUAAUACACAAGAGUCAAUGGGUAUGUUUUGCAAUUGAAUAAAAUAAAGCAACAAGCACAGUGGGGGGAAAUGUGUAACGACACUGGAUCUCGGAAUAUAUUUGAAACUUCAUUUGCUACCAAAUGUAAAAAAACAUGUUUCUGCUCGUAAAAAGCAAUUAACUUUGUGAAAUUCUAGACGUGCAUUAACAGCUUCGGUUUCAACAAACGUAAACAUAUACUCUACUCCAAAGCUUGCCCCACCGAUUACUUAUUCUGGUCACUUUGGUUUGUGGUCAAUUGCAAUCGGGAUUACUUGGAGUA